AUUUAAUUGAUUUAUGCGGUGAAAUAUAUACGUAAUUAUGUAUUUAUGUAAUGAAAUAAGCAAAUUAUUGGUUAAAUAUUCUCCGAAAACUUCAUAUCGUUUCGAUGUUUCGCUUAAUGCGAAGUAUUCUUUUUUUUUAACAUCUGCCAUUCUGCCAUUCAUUGUAAAGAAAGCUUUAACUUUGCUGUCGUUGAAAUUGGAAUUUCAGUUCAAGCAAAUGGUAUCUCACGGGUGGAGGUCGUUGCGUCAAAUCUCACAAAUCAUGAAUGAAUUCUAAGUUCUGUUGUAUAUUUUCUACAAAUUAGCAACAUUGUUGACACUAUAUUUACCACAACGUGCGUUGUACGAUGAAUGAAGUAAGUGGAGGAAAGCAAGACAUACCAAAUACUUCUUCUUGGGAAACUUUAUCUGGCCAGUCUGCAUCUUCAUUGUCUACUAUGCAUCAUCAUCAUCAGUCGUUACAACAAGAUGCAACUCCAACUGUUGCACAAGUUAUAGUUCCUACUCCUGUAAAACUUCAGACACCUAUCUUAAGCUCAGCACAAAAUAUAUCUGACCACUGUUCACAACUUGGUCAUAUGCAACAAUCAGGUCUAAUGUCGCAGGGUACACCACCAGGAACGUUCCCAGAACCUGAACUUUCACCUGAACUUCAACAACAAGGAUGGAAGAAGUUUUGGAGUAAAAGAGAAAAUCGUCCAUAUUUUUGGAAUAAAUUAACUGGAGAAUCAUUAUGGGUAAUACCACCAUUGAAACCUCAGUUUGACCCAAUUACGGAUCCACUUGGUAUAUGCGGUGUACCACCUGUUUCUGGAAAUGGAACUAUUCCCCCAGGAGGAACACUUAAACGCAGAGCUUCUGAAGAUAGUGUUGUUCCAGCUGCAAAGAAAUUUGUAUUAGCAGGACCAUGGGAUUUGGAAAUUCCAACAAAUGUUAUAAUAUACGAGAGAGCUCCAUCAAAUUUACCUCAUGUUCAUCCUGAAGCAGAAGCAUUACGGUGUAGUUUACUUGCAAAGUUGAGACAAUGCUAUCAAGAAUUGUGUCAUACUCGUGAAUCCAUAGAUGCUCCAAAAGAUUCUUUUAACAGAUGGCUAAUGGAAAGAAAAGUUAUAGACUGUGGUUCAGAUCCCCUUUUACCAAGUCAGUGUUUUCCUGAAAUUUCUAUGUCUAUGUAUCGUGAAAUUAUGAAUGAUAUCCCUAUUAAAUUAGUCCGGCCAAAAUUCACUGGUGAUGCAAGAAAACAGCUAUCGCGAUACGCAGAGGCUGCAAAAAAGAUGAUAGAAUCAAGAGCAGCUUCGUCAGAAAGUAGGAAAGUUGUAAAAUGGAAUGCAGAAGACACAUUUCAAUGGUUGAGACGAACAGUUGGUGCUACAUUUGACGAUUUUCAAGAUCGUCUUGCACACUUAAAACGACAAUGUCAGCCACACCUUACAGAGACUGUAAAAGCUAGUGUUGAGGGUAUUUGCCUGAAAAUUUAUCAUUUAUCAACAGAGUAUGCAAAAAAGGUUAAAGAUAAAAAUAAUCAAAUAUUAAAGGAUAAUGGUUUAGGAAAUGUUAUACCACUAGGAGGACCUGCUAGUGCACAAAGGAAAGUUUGGUGUUAUCCUGUGCAAUUUUCUCUUCCAACUCCACGACUUCCACAAGUGGAUUACCUUCCUGAACGUGAACAGACAAUGUUACGUUUUCAUGGUGAUACUGCGUGUAUUAAUAACAUGCAUCUUACUAAAUUAGAACACCUAUAUAGAUAUAAUUGCUUCGAUGAUAAAAAAUUCGAAAUGUUUUUACCUCGUGUUUGGUGUAUGUUGAAACGUUAUCAAACAUAUCUUGGAAUUAAUGAAGGACAAGCAACACAAAUGGCUCUGCCUGUCACAGUUUUUGAAUGUCUUCAACGAUCAUUCGGUGUAACAUUUGAAUGUUUUGCAUCCCCAUUAAAUUGUUACUUUAGACAAUAUUGUUCAGCAUUUGCUGAUACAGAUUCUUAUUUUGGAUCAAGAGGACCUUUCUUGGACUUCAGGCCUGUAAGCGGCUCGUUCCAAGCUAAUCCACCAUAUUGUGAAGAACUUAUGGAAGCUAUGGUUAAUCAUUUCGAACGUCUUUUGGCUGAUUCUACUGAACCUUUAUCUUUCGUAGUAUUCUUGCCUGAAUGGCGGGAUCCAGCACCUAAUGCUCUUAUCAAAUUGGAAAGUAGCCAUUUUAAGCGCAAACAAGUAGUGGUACCUGCAAUGGAACACGAAUAUAGACAUGGAUUUCAACACAUAUUACCAAAAGGGGAAGUUAAUAUUAGAGCAGCACAUGGAACAUUAGUUGUAUGGUUACAAAAUGCAGCUGGUACUGCUCGUUGGGGUCCUACUGAAGAAAGAGUCGAAGCAUUAUUAGAAGCAUGGCGUCCAGGAAGAGAAAGAGAACGAGAUAGACAAGAACUUUUGUCACCACCAAGACAAACACAUCAGCAAAUACCUUCUACGCCUAUCCCUGUUUUAACAACGCCGACAAAUCCAACAAUACCAUUACAAACAUUAUCCACGCAUCCUAUAUAAUUCUUAAACAAUAUUCGGAGAGUUGAAAAGAAAACUAAAAUAAGUCUUACAAUUUAAUUUUAAUUCUUUCUUAAAGAAAUCGGUCUUUUACAGAAUGUAUUUGGCAAUUACAUUUUAUGUAGCAAAAUUAACAUAAUAACAACACGAAACAUCGAUUUCUGCUAAUAUUGUUAUGCCUAUUAUGGUAACAUUCAUGAUAUAGUGAAUGUAAUCGUAAAAUCGGAGAUGCAAUAUAAUUUACGUGUUCAAGUAUUUAAAUAAGUGAAUUACUUGAAAACUUAUUAAA